AUCUCCUUCCUUCUUCUUCCCUCCCCUCUCUCUUUCUUGGCCGUUUUGUUUUCCCUCUCUCUCUCUCUUCCGCCAUUUUCUCUCUCGUUUUUUCCCGGGAACCAAACAGUAAAAAGGAAGCAGCGAAUUCGAUCACUGUGAAUACAGUACUGGGAGAGUAAUCUGUAUAGCUACGAGGUCUUUGUUAGAGUAUAUAUAUAUAGAGAGAGAGAGAGAGAGAGAAAUGACAUGGUGCAGCGAUAAUCCAUCGUCUGCACUGGCAGCAGUCGGAGCAGAUCGGGAGCAAGCCGAAAGAGUUUUCCCCGCCGGCGGCGCCGAUGGAGUAAUUUCCCGGUUUGGUGAGGAAUUCGGCGGGAACAAGUGCCCCUCGUGCGGACACGGCAUGGAAUCGUCUUUCCAGGAUCAGGGCGGAGGCGGCGGGGGCGGGAUACAGGAUCUGCCGGGGCUGCCGGCGGGGAUGAAGUUCGACCCGACCGACCAAGAGAUACUGUUGCAUUUGGAGGCCAAGGUCACGUCCGAUUCCCGGAAAAUCCACCCGCUCAUCGACGAGUUCAUCCCCACCAUCGAUGGCGAGAACGGGAUCUGCUACACGCACCCUGAGAAGCUACCAGGAGUGACAAACGACGGCCAAGUCCGACACUUCUUCCACAGGCCAUCCAAGGCUUACACGACGGGGACAAGGAAACGGAGAAAGGUGCACACAGAGGAAGACGGGAGCGAGACGAGAUGGCACAAGACAGGGAAAACCAGGGCGGUUCUCGUCGGCGGCACGGUGAAAGGGUUCAAGAAGAUACUCGUACUGUACACGAACUACGGCAGGCAGAGGAAGCCGGAGAAGACCAGCUGGGUUAUGCACCAAUACCACCUCGGCAACAACGAAGAGGAGAAGGAUGGCGAGCUGGUCGUGUCGAAAGUGUUCUACCAAACACAGCCUAGACAAUGUGGUGGUGGAAAUGGUGGAUCCAGCUCCAUCAAGGAUUCCUUUGACAAGAACAAUAAUCCAAGUGGGAACAGUACUAACGUUCAAGGUAACAGUAGUUCUCUGGUUGAUUACUACAACCCAACUUUCAUGGGUUAUGACCAAGAGCAUAAUGUUAGUCAUCAGUCGUUGAUUCCGAAUCUGGUAGUUCAUGAUCAUCAAGGUGAUGGGUCUUCCUAUAUUCGGCUUGCUGCUGAUGCAAGCAAAGGGAAGGUUCAAAAGGAAAUGAGGUGAGGGUGAGAUGCAGAGGAGAUCUCAUUCUCAUGAACAGGUCUCUUUUGUUGUUGUUGGAGGUAGAGUAGGAGUUAAGGACAGAAUUUGGAGGUUGGGGUUUUGUUUGGUGGGUAUUUGUGGGGUAUAAACUGUUAGGUAAUGUGGGUAUUUGAGAGUCUGUUGGUAAGAUCAGGGGUGGGAAAGCUCAAAAGGAAGGAUUUCAAGAAUCCACUAUGGGAUUCCCUUUUCUUUUGGUGGGAAGAAGUACAGGGAGAGCUAGGUAUAUUUCAUUAACUUGUAGGUUAUAGAAGGAACAUUUGACACCGUUGGCUUUAUUCUUCUGUGAUUGGGUUAAGUUAUAUUGUACGUAUAUAGUAUAGUGAUUGUUUGGGAAAGGAAAAGAAUAGGGUUUCUUGAUUAUGGAGCAAGGUGGCAUGGGUAGGGUUGUAAUUUGAAAAUUAUUGUACAAUAAUAAUAAUAAGCUUUCUUGCUUGGAAUAAAUUCCACUCAUAUGUAAAUAUUCAAAAGCAGCUUGUCAAUUAUAUAUGCAACAUAUUUGCUCUAAUUUCUUCUGACUUAUAGUAUAGUGAUUGUUUGGG